GCCUUCUCCAGUUUAUGUUCUCAAUUUUAGAGGGUGACGUAACCCACAUUACGUCACAGUCAGCUGUUCGAUGAGGAAGUAAACAAUAUUCAACUGAACGGACAACACGGCGGAGAAAGGACCGGCUCUCCAAAUGACGUCUCUGAUUUGCACUUUACAAGACCAUCGAGACGAUGUCAACUGGUGUGCCUUCUCUGGCAAACUGUUUGCCACAUGUUCUGGGGACAAAACUCUGCGGAUAUACAACACCUGUGACUUCUCGGAGCUGCCCUUUUCACCGCUGUCAGGACAUGGCUACGGCGUCCACUGCUGUUGCUUCAGCUCCUGCGGACAGUUCCUCGUCUCGUGUUCGACUGACGCAACCACGAUGGUUUGGUCCACGGUCACGGGUGAGAUCGAGGCCGUCCUGGAGCAUCCUGGUCGUAGUCCUGUGAGGAUCUGUGCGCUCUCUCCUGACUCUGCUCACCUGGUUUCUGGUGCAUCUGAUGGCACUUUGGCUCUGUGGGAUUUCCCCUCCAAACAGCUGCACAGGACUGGAGCAGUGUCUGACACGACAAUGGUAGCCCUCUCCUUCAGCCCCUGCAGUCAGGUGUUUAUGAGCGGCUCCAGCUACGGGGACCUGCGUCUGUGGGACCUGGACAUGAACCAGCUCCUUGCAGAAAAAAAUGCCCACGACCUGGGGGUCACCUGCUGCGUCUUUGCUCCCAACAUCCUCAGUGGCCUUUAUUUGACAGGACAGCUUAAGACAGCAAAGGGGAGAGAGAAGGGGAACGACAUGCAGCAAAGGGCCGCAGGUGGUCAAGUUGUGCAGUUUCGUUUGGCGUCCUGUGGACAAGACAGUCACCUGAAGAUCUGGGCCAUCAACAAGUUCAGCUCAGGAGGCUAUAAGAUGCAGCUCCUGCACACAUUAACGGGCCAGUCGGCUCCGGUCCUCUGCUGUGCGUACUCCUCAGAUGGGCAGCUGCUUGUGUCUGGCUCUGUGGACAAAACUGUCACAGUCUAUGAUGCUAAUAAUGCAGUUUUGCUUUACACACUGAACCAGCACGAGAGGUACGUGACGGCAUGUUCCUUCUCUCCAACUUUACCUCUGAUUGCUACAGGAUCUAUGGAUAAGACUGUAAACAUCUGGAGGCUGGAGGACGGAUGCAAUGACCAUGGCGGGAAGUCGUUGCCUGAGCAGUCUGCGCUGACAUCAAGUGAAGGGAGAACCUCAGCGGGCCGAUCCAAGCUGCUGGUCAGCGAUUGGUCGGAGGGGGAUGUGUCAACGUGGCUGGUGGACGAAAGCCUCGAGGGACUGGUGGACAAAUUCAGGGCCAACAACAUAGAUGGGACAGAGCUGCUCAGUCUCACCAAGGAAACACUGGCGUCAGAGCUGCACAUAGAGUCAGUAGGCCUGCGCAGUAAAAUCCUGAGGAAGGUGGAGGACCUGAAGAGUGAUUCAGUAUGUUCAGGCAUUCCUGAUGAGUUCCUGUGUCCAAUCACCAGGGAGCUGAUGAGGGAACCAGUCAUUGCUGCCGAUGGAUACUCGUAUGAAAGAGAGGCCAUCGAUAGCUGGAUCAACAAUAAGAACCGCUCCAGCCCCAUGACCAACCUCCCCUUACUGACAACUCUUCUCACCCCUAAUCACACCCUGAAGAUGGCUAUUGGCCGCUGGAAGACCAGCCACUAGCAUCUGAAAGACCUUUGACCCACCCACAUGUUUCCCCCAAAGUAGAAAGAAACCACAGUAUUUCAGGUACAGGUGCAUCUGAUUUUGUUCCAUCUGAGGCAUCUGGACACUGUGGGAAUUUCUUUGUUGUUUCUUUGUUGCAUUAAUUUAUAAAGUUGAGAUUUGGCAUCUUAAGCUACAAAGAGAGUGAAUAUUGGACUUACAUUCACCAUGUGGCCACAAACACAACUUCAAAUUAAUUAUCAUGUUGCUCCGUAACUGCUGGAUGUGUAAAUAAACAACUGUAAGCCAACAAGUUGACCAUAUCAGCUUACAAGGUAAUAUGUUCAUGUUGUGUUCACAGCUUGAUCUCAGCGUUGAUCUCUUUGCAUCGCUUAAGGUUAGACAUUCUUCACCAGUCACACAAGUGGUUUCUUUUGGCUGAUAAUGGCCAGUUUUCUGGUUUGUUAAUAAUAAUAAAAAAGUGAGUUCUUCAUUAGUGCUGUACAGACACCACAUAACCAUAAAAAAUAAUACAAAAUGUCAACAACACUGUAGGCUCCUAAUUUUAAAAACAAGUCAUAAAGUGUACAUGAAUAAAAUUAAAACCUUAUCUUACACAGGUUGCUAUUUUGCUCAUUUAUUAUCUUAAAAUGAGUUGCAUGGGGCGACCUCUAGCUCACCCAGUAAGAGCGUGCGCCCCAUGUAGGAGGAGUCCUUUGCAGCGGCCCGGGUUCGAAUCCAACCUGCGGCCCUUUGCUGCGUGUCGUCCCCUCUCUUUCUCUCCCUCUUUACUGUCUAUCAACUCUUACUAUCGAAAAGGGAAAAAGCCCCAAAAACUAAUCUAAAAAAGCAAAAAGAGUUGCAUUUAUAACAUAUGUAUUAAUAAAGAUUCUUAUGAAAAGCUAAUCGAAUAGCUUUAUAAGGACACAAAUUGGGAGGCCUUUAGUGUUGUGUGCAUUUUACAUUAAUUAUGACUUUUUAUUGACUGACUACCCAGAAAACAUCGAGCUGUGAGUGUCUGAAAGCUACCAACAGCCCCUUCACAUUAAGGAGAGUCUAUUGAUUCAAUGGUUAUUUUAGAAGUAUUGCUGUAACGGGCUUUGCAUGAACAUAAUGUCGGUUAUCUUACUAAAAACAAUAUCUGCAGGUAA